AUGGUUCGCGAGGAAAUCAUCGCAUCUGCUGUCUCCUUCCUUCAGGAUCCCUCUGUCGCCAGCGCGCCUCUCGAAAAGCGCAUCGCCUUCCUUCAAUCGAAGAACCUUACGCAAGAGGAGGUCGACGUCUCCCUUGCUCGCGCGGCCGAAGACCCCAGCCAGCCCUCGUCGCCCGCCCAAUCCUCCGCACCCCCCAACAAUGCAUACCGGCCUCCUCCAUCAGCUCCGGCAUAUGGAAGUUAUCCUCCCCAAGGAUACUGGCAGCCGCCGCCGCCCCCAGAACCUCCAAAGCGCGACUGGCGAGACUAUUUCAUCAUGGCGACCGUGAUGGGCGGUGUAGGCUACGGGAUGUAUUUCACAGCGAAGCGUUACAUUCUGCCUUUGGUCCAGCCGCCCACACAACCCCAGCUUGAGCAGGACAAGGCCUCCAUCGACGAGUCCUUCAAGCGCGCGUUUGACCUCUUGGAGCAACUGAACACCGACACAACCGCGCUGAAGGCUUCAGAAGAAGCAAGAACGACAAGGUUGGAUACUACGCUCAACGAAGUGGAGAGCGUGUUGUCCAGCUUGAAGGACUCCUCGAAGAGACAAGGCGAUGACAACAGGCGCAUCGAAGACGACGUACGCGGGCUGCGAGAUCUGAUACCGAAAGCAUUGGAUGCCCAGAAGGAGUCGACCGAUAACAGGCUGAAGGAGUUGUCCACUGAGCUUAAGAGCUUGAAGACCUUGGUCGGUAACAGAAUCGGCGCUGGAGCGGCACGUCCUCCUACUACGCCAAAUCCCUUCGCCGCGAGUCAAUCGCAGAUCUCUACGACAACCCCAAACGCUAGUGGUACACCUGGAGCCUCGACAUCAGCACAGCAGUCUACAUCCAUCCCUCCUCCUGCGUCCCCUGUGCAGACGAACGGCUCUGCAGCUACCGGCGCGCAAGCGAGCACCAGCACUGCAUCCGCGUCUACGCCAACUACCGAGAAGCCUGCAUCCACACCGUACAGCAGGUUACCAACUGGCCGAGCUGCCAUUCCAGCAUGGCAGAUGGCCGCGGCGAAGAAGACCGAAGAAGCAAAGAAGGAUACUAGUGCGAGCGGCACUGCAGCCGAAGCCAGCCCAAGCUCAUAG